AUGCUGGUCACCGUCACUAAAACUUCUCCAUGCGAGGAGAGUCCUGUUAGCGCCCCAUAUUUACAGAAAUUACUUGAAGAUUAUAUCUCAAAUGGUGAUUAUGAUAACAAGGAAAUAAUAAAGUAUAUCCUUGAAAAUAUUCAGAAAAAGAGUUCAAAGCAUAAAUUCAUGGUACAAGUGACACGAAUAGAUUCUAAAGGUGAUCUCAAUGCAACCACAAGUUUUGGUGCGAUUUGGGAAAAUUCAAGAGAUGGAUAUGUUUCUUUAGAAGUACAGGGUAAAGAAAAUUCAUGUGUUUCCAUGGUCACCGUAUAUUGGAUUUAUAUAUAA